CGGACCGGAAGCGGAAGUGGAGUCGGCGGAUCGGACCGGACUCGGGAGCGGAGCGGGGAGCGGGCCCAUGGCCUCUGCCAGCAUCGACAUCGAGGACGCGACCCAGCACCUGAGGGACAUCCUCAAGCUGGACCGGCCGGCAGGUUCAGUGAAUGAAAACCAGAGGCCACCCAACUCGUUCAACGGGGACUUGAAUGGACUGCUGGUGCCAGACCCCGUUGCAGCUGGAGAUGGAGCUCCCUUGGCUAAGCCAAUGCUCCGAACUGUUCCUCUGGGAACGCUGCAGGAGAAGCAAGUCAUCUGCCUUUCUGGAGAUGACAGUUCCACCUGCGUGGUGAUAUCGGCAAAAGACGUGGAGAUUGUGGCCAGCAGUGACUCUAGCAUCACCAGUAAGGCCAGAGGGAGCAACAAGGUAAAAAUACAGCCAGUAGCCAGGUAUGACUGGGAGCAGAAAUACUACUAUGGCAACCUGAUAGCUGUAUCAAACUCCUACCUGGCAUAUGCCAUUAGAGGUGCCAGUAAUGGCUCUGCUAUGGUGCGGGUGCUGAGCAUCAGCACUGCCGAGCGGACCUUGCUGAAAGGAUUCACGGGUGGCGUGGCAGACCUGGCUUUCGCCCAUCUCAACUCCAACCAGCUGGCCUGCCUGGAUGAGGCUGGCAACCUCUUUGUCUGGUGCCUAGCCAUGGACAAUGGGAAAAUCCAAGAGGAGAUCUUGGUGAACAUAAAACGACCUGAGGGCACCCCGCUGAACAGCUUCCGGAGAAUCAUAUGGUGCCCCUUCAUCCCAGAUGAGAAUGAGGAGAGCGGUGAAGAGGGCAGCCAGACAUUGGCGUUGCUGCACGAGGACAGGGCAGAGGUUUGGGAUCUGGAUAUUAUCCGAGCCAACAACAGUUCCUGGCCGGUGGAGGUGACUAACAUCAAAGAGGGCUUCAUUGUGGUGAAAGGCCACAGCACGUGCCUGAGCGAGGGAGCGCUCUCUCCAGAUGGGACCGUCUUGGCCACAGCAAGCCACGAUGGCUAUGUCAAAUUCUGGCAGAUCUACAUAGAGGGGCAAGAUGAGCCAAGGUGCCUGCAUGAGUGGAGGCCCCAUGACGGCAGGCCGCUCUCCUGCCUGCUCUUCUGUGAUAAUCACAAAAAACAAGACCCAGAGGUUCCUUUCUGGAGGUUUCUCAUCACUGGUGCGGAUCAGAACCGAGAGCUGAAGAUGUGGUGCACCGUUUCUUGGACUUGUCUGCAAACUAUCCGCUUUUCCCCUGACAUCUUCAGUUCCAAGAGUGUUCCCCCGAGUCUGAAAGUCUGCCUGGACCUCUCUGCCGAAUUCCUGAUACUGAGCGACGUGCAGAGAAAAGUCCUGUAUGUGAUGGAGCUUUUGCAGAACCAGGAUGAGGGCAGAGCUUACUUCAGCUCCAUCUCGGAGUUCCUCCUCACCCACCCGGUCCUGAGCUUCGGCAUCCAGGUCGUGAGCCGCUGCCGGCUACGGCACACAGAGGUCCUCCCAGCUGAAGAGGAGAGCGACGGCCUCAGCACAGAAGGUGCUCAGGGGGCUGGGGCUGUCGAAUUGGCGGCAGGUGUGCUGAUCAAGCUCUUCUGUGUCCACACCAAGGCCCUGCAGGAUGUGCAGAUUCGAUUCCAACCUCUUCAUAGUCCAGAGAUGGCUGCACCGAUCCCUCCCCACAGCUCCCAUGAAGAUUUCGCAUUUCCAGACCACCUGGCUGACCUGGGCGCAGAAGGGCUGGGAUCGGAGAAGGGGUCCGUCCAUGGCUCCCAACCAGACUUACGGCGCAUUGCAGACCUGCCUGUGCCAGCGGAUUUUCUUGCCCUCUCCAAUGAUGCCAAACCCAAGCUGAUGACCCCGGAUGCGUUCAUGACCCCAAGCACAUCUCUUCAGCAGAUUGCCAUGUCGCCGGGAAGCAGCGUCAGUUCCCUGACUGCAGUCACAGCCAUGAGCAGCGCUUCCAUCACUGACCCUGCUGUGCCCAGGCCAUCUGAGGACCUGACUUUGAGCCCAAAGAUGCAGCUGGACCCCAGCCUCACGCUGAGCAGCAGUGGCAGCAGUCUCCAGACAAGUCCUAGGAACCAUUCAGUCCUUAUUCCUGGACUCCCUGACAAGCUGACCCCAAAGGCCCCUGUCCCGGUCACUCCAGCAAACCCCACUCUGGCUCUGGAGCUGCAGGAAGUGGAGCCCCUUGUGGUAGCCCAGGCCUCACCCACCCGUGAGCGCUCCCCGGACGUCAUUUCCUCAGCCUCCACAGCCAUGUCCCAGGAUAUCCCAGAGAUCGCCUCUGAGACGCUGCAGCGCAGCUUUGCCGCAGCCCCGGCCGGGCUCCCUGCAGAAGUGCUGGAGCCCAACCACCAUGCGGACAGCAUGGCCUCAGCCGCCUCGGCCUUGCACUUACUGUCCCCGAGGAACCGGCACAGCUCCGAGCACAGCCAGCACUCCCUGGACAUGGCCCCUGUGGAGGUGGACAGGCUGACCACACCCUCAUUACUGGAGACUGCUUUAACUCAGGAAAAUGCAUCUUCCAACAGCGUCGUGAGCCAGCCAUGGCCAGCGGCCCCUGACAUCACCAGGGAAACCCGGAACAGCAUAGCAGACAGCCCAAGGGAUGAUGUUGCAGAGAAGCACAAGAGCUCUUCCUAUCACAGGCACAGCUACCACCUGCUGCAGCAUGACAGCCAGGAUGCCAGUGCAGAGCAAAGUGACCAUGAUGAUGAAGUUGCAAGUUUGGCGUCUACAUCAGGUGGGUUUGGUGCCAAAGCAUCUGCACAGCGGCUGCCUGUGAAGGACUGGAAAGCCAAGGUGUCUCCUCGGGCUUCCCCCAAGCUCAAACGGAAGGGGAAGAAAGAUGACGGGUACGCUGGGCUUCCAGGGCAGACAGCUGUGGGAUUGGCAGCACAGGGUCACAACCUGAGAAACCCGCCAGCCCUGGUGGAUGUGACCCAGUCCCCGAGGUCAUGUGAUCGCCAGGUGACUGCCGAGUGCCAGGAUGAGCUGAUGUCCCUGCUGCGGAGCCAACAGAGAGAGCUCACGGAGCUGAGACAGAACCAGAUGGAACUAAUGCAGAGACUCACUGACCACCUGGAUGCUGUGCAGAGCUCCCUCAUGGGUCACAUGGAACGAGUGAUUGAUUCGCAGCAGGAACAAGAGCAGCGGAGGCUGGACCGAGCUCUGACAGAGGGGCAGCAGCGGAACGGGCAGCUCCAGGAGCACCUCUCCCAGCAGCUCUCGCAGUCCCUCUCCACUGCUGCGUGCAAUCGCCUGGAGAGGACCAUCCGCGAGGAGAUGAAGAAGACAGUGCCCCAGUGUAUUUCCAAGAGCCUGGACCCUGUCACUGGCCAGCUGAGCAAUACGAUUGCUGCCAAGCUCACGGCUGUCGAGGGGACAUUGAAGGAAAACGUCACCAAGCUAGUGAAAUCAAAGAAUCUGACAGAUGCCAUUGCGAGGGCAGCUGCGGAUGCUCUGCAGGGGCCCAUCCAGUCGGCGUACAGGGAGGCAUUCCAGAGCGUCGUGUUGCCAGCGUUUGAGAAGAGCUGCCAGUCCAUGUUCCAGCAAAUCAACGACACCUUCAAGCAGGGGACACAGGAAUAUAUCCAGCAGCUCGAGACUCACAUGAAGAACAAGAAGGCACGAGAGCAGGAGGCCCGAGACUCUUUGCUGGGCCAGCUCCGGCAGCUGAUCAGCACCUUCCAGAGCAGCACAGAUCAGCUGGCCUCCACCAUCACCACCAGCGUGCACACCGAGGUGCAGCAUCAGUUGCACGUCAUUGUGGGCAACAUGCAGGACUCUAUUCUGACCCAGGUGCAGAGGGUCAUCAAGGGAGAGGUGAGCCUGGCCAUGAAGGAGCAGCAAGCAGCCGUCACCUCAAGCAUCGUGCAGGCGAUGCGCUCUGCAGCAGGCACGCCCAUCCCCUCUGCUCACCUGGACUUCCAGGCUCAGCAGACUCACGUCCUGCAGCUGCUGCAGCAGGGCCGCCUCAACCAGGCUUUCCAGCAGGCUCUCACGGCAGCUGAUCUGAACCUGGUCCUAUACGUCUGUGAGACGGUGGAUCCUCAGCAGGUGUUUGGACAGCACCCAUGUCCGCUCUCCCAGCCCGUCCUCCUGUCUCUCAUUCAGCAGCUCUCCUCGGAUCUGGGCACCCGCACCGAACUGAAACUGAAUUACCUGGAGGAGGCAGUGAUGCACCUGGACCACAGCGACCCCAUCACCCGAGACCACAUGGGGUCGGUCAUGAACCAGGUGCGGCAGAAGCUCUUCCAGUUCCUGCAGGCGGAGCCCCAUAACACCCUGAGCAAGCCGGCCCGUCGCCUCAUGAUCAUGCUUCAGGGCUUGGUCACCCCCAGCAUGACCUAACGGCGCCCGGCUGCCCUGCGGGGGCGCCCGGCUGCCCUGCGGGGGCGGUAGUUACUAACCCCAUGUGGCUUCUGUUAAGAGCUCUUGCCAGGUAAAUGUGUGGUGUCGCUAAGGCUAACGCCAGCUGUGUAUAGCCCCAAAUAAUCACUCCACGCGCACUUGGCUUCUUUUCUUAAACAGCCUCUUCUGGGAGCGCUAGGCCUCAGCACCCACCCCAUCUGUCCCCGAGUCGUCACCACCUGGUCACGCAGCAGCGCGACCAUUCCAUUUCUUCCCCUUUAGCUGGGCAUUGGCUCCCAGGAGUGGAGGAGAGGGGAGCAGGGGUGGGGCUGUGAGCUGGGCACGCAUUUCUCACUCCUGGGAGGCGGUCCCAGGCUGAAGUCCAUGAGCCCACAGAAUCCUUCCCAGCCAGAUACGGAGGGGGUGGUUUCUGUUAGCCCCUGGGUACUAGUCUAGCAGCAAGAAGCCUGGCUAGUCCCCCAUGCAGGGCGAGUCGGGCACCAGCAGGGGGCAGUGUGUGCAUAUCUACAUCGAUUCUGAAGGGCGGGCCAAGCAGGGCUCUGGGGCAGGUUGGUCAGGGAGCAUCAUGCUGUGAGCCCCUCCAGGCUGUUCGUUCCGCACAUCCAUGGAUCAGACCUCUCAUUAGUUCGAAUUUUACACCUGUUUUUUUCUUUUUAUCUAAAAUUUGAAUCUUUCUUUUUUGAAUAACAUUAAGAAAUGUUCAAUAAACAACUUUUGGAGAAAAACCGA